ACGAAAUGAAGAUGGCUGCCCCCAGUAGAUAUUCUGUGACAUCACCCUGUGCAAUGAUUGUCAGCGUUUCACUUGUCUCUUCAACUUCCAACCAGAACACUUCCUUCGUCGACUAACUUUCUGGUACUUUUACAAUUAUGGCUUGUUGAACAUCUGGAGAUGUCUGCCCUGUGAGGGCGUGGCCAGGAGGGCGUGGCGAAGUGGGGUGCCAGGGACGCAAGAAGCCGGCUGUGACAGAGGUUUAUCGAUCUGGAGAGCGUGACCAUCGUCAGGAGAAGAUUUGUUUGUUACUGUAAAAGGACACUUUGCUUCCAGCAUUUCAUCAAAAAAUAACUUGUGAUUUAGUUAAGGCUCAGUUUUGACAGUAAAUUAACGAGUGUAACAUUUGUCGAAUUUUGUGUCCUCGAAAAAUUAUUACGCAAUGUCUUGGUUGUUUGAGCCUGAGUGUCGACCAAAAUGUCGGUCCAAAAGACACGCUCUGGAGUUUCAUUCAUCGAUCUCAAAAGGAACCCUCAAAGAAGUGAAGGCAUAUUCACGUCUCUGUCACAAUGUGACCAAGGUCAAGGACACUGUGGGAAGGUCAGCUCUGCACAUGGCGGCUGCAUGCGGAAAGGCGGACAUUGUAGAAUGGCUGUUGACUGACAAACAUGGAGACAUGACCGACAAGGACUCGGAGUCGGGCUGGACGGCGUUACAUCGGGCACUGUUCUAUGGCCAGUUACCUGUAGCCAGACAACUCAUACAGCAUGGCACUGAUCUGUACACUCGUGACCACGAGGGGUUGUCUGCCCUUGAUAUUGUCAUGAAGGACAAGCCCAGGGAAAUCACAUUCAAUUUGAAAGAGCCGAAUGAGGUGUAUGCAUGGGGGGACAACCCAAACUUUAACCUGGGGCAUGCCAGUGGUCAGUCCAGAGCCUCGCCCGAAGUCAUUGACGAGUUCAAGCGAACUGGAAUAUCACUAAAGGAUAUGGUUCUGUGCAAGUAUCACACCGUGUUCCUGUCCCAGGCAGGGCAAGUGUACACCUGCGGCCACGGCCAUGGAGGCCGGCUCGGACACGAGAACGAACUGCCAUGCGUGGUGCCGAUGUUGGUGAAGACCGUGAGGCAUGAGACGUGUUUGCAGAUCGUCGCCGCCAGGGACCACACGGUCAUGCUGAUGGAGAGUGGAGCAAUCUUCACUUGUGGACUAAAUGCCUUCCACCAACUGGGUCUGUUCCCCCCACCCGAUAAAUCUGUCAAACCCAGACAGAUCUAUGCCAAGCUGUGGAAGGGGAGGAAUGUCCUGGGAGUGUGUGUGGGCAGCUUCCACACUGUUGUGUACACUGCCGAUGCCGUCUUCACGUUUGGGCUCAAUGCUGGCCAGCUAGGUCACCAGAAGGGAGAGAAGCUCCAGAGUCAGCCCCGCUUGGUCUCCGCUCUCAGUCAGAAGGACAUCGCCCUCAAGUCUGUCACCUGCUCCGAUGCUGCUACAGUCUGUCUCACCAAGAAAGGGGACAUCUUUGUUCUUCAUGAAUAUCAGUGUCGGAGGAUAAUGUCAAAGUGGCUGGAGGUGGGCAAGGUGCUGGUCUGUGGAGGGAAGCUGGACUACCACGCUGAGGCCGACCGGCUCAGGGAGAAAGGCGGCUCAGACCUCAGCAUUGCACUGCUUUCUGUGUCCAGCCAGGUGUUUAUCUGGCGGGAGUCCAGCCCCACACUUCGCCGCUGUCAGUGGUCCAUCAAGCGACAGCUGUUUGUUGUUGAUGUUGUGUGCAGUGACGCGACCGUAGCCUUCAUCACCGAGGCCGGGGAGGGGUUCAUGGGCUACUGGCCGGAAAGGAAACACCUGCCACAGAAGGAGGUGGUCCCACACAAGAAAAUGACUGAUGACUUUGAGAAGCCGACUCUGAUCGACCUGAUGCUGAAGGAUGAGGUGGAGAUAGUGCCGGUCAAGAGGAUCCCCAACAUGCACCGAGCCACCAAGAUCUCCGCCGACCGCCGCAACAACAACCUGAUGGUGCUGCAAGCUCUGCCACACGGCUGUCUGUCCGACAUUCCGUCCAUCAGUGACUCAGAGAUGUCUUCGGACUUCCAGCGACUGAGGGAGGAAGCUGACGAAUAUGAUGCUAUACAUGACGUCACUGUGCAGGCAGGGAAUCACAGGUGGCCAUGUCACAAGUACAUCCUCGUCUCAAAGUGUGACUUUCUUCGCAACAAAGUAGCUAGUCUGACAAAAACCGAUGAAGAAUUCCCUGAUGAGGAGCCUGUCAUUCACAUUCCGUCUGUUCCCCCGGAGAUCAUGGAACAAGUCCUUCAAUACAUCUACAAUGACACCUGUGACCUACUUAAAGUUGGAACUAAGUUCAGCCCAGUUAUUGUCAAAGGUGAAGGUCAAGAAAAAGGUCAAGGUGAUGCUGACCUACAGAAAGAUAACUCAGAUCUACUUAUUUCUGAAAAUCUGUCCAAAAUGUCUGCCUAUGAAGUUCAUCAAAAGAAGAAGAAAUCGGUCCAGAAGGAGAAUGCCGACCCUCACAAUACUGCGAAGAACCCUGUCCGAUAUUUACAAGAUGUUGCCAAGGAACUGGGUGUCAAAGGGCUUUCCAAGAGGCUAGAUGCGGUCAAGUACCUCAAUGGCUGUGUGCAGUCUGCCGGGAAGUUCCUCUCGCCACCAAAGGUCAAGUUUGACCGCAGGAAACUCCCUGAGCUGUGUGAUGUGAGUAUCGAGGCAGAGGACGGCACGAUGAUACAGUGUCACAAGUGUGUGCUGGUGGCCAGACUGGAGUACUUCCACAGCAUGCUGGGCUGUGGCUGGAUGGAGACAUCAGACACGACCUCCCUGACACUGCCGGUGCCUGGAGAUGUGCUGUCCAUCCUCCUGGACUACCUGUACAGUGACGAGUCUCAGGUCGUUACAGACUGCCAGAAGGUGGAGCUGUUGUGCAAUGUGCUGGUGGUGGCGGACCAGCUCCUGGCCGUGCGACUCAAGGAAAUGUGUGAGGUGUCCCUGGCCAAUCUCAUAACAUUCCGCAACGUUGGUGAGAUCCUGGAGUUUGCAUCCAUGUACAACGCCACGCAGCUGAGGGCGACAUGUCAGCAGUUUAUCUCUCUUAACUUGGCAGCUCUCCUGGAAGGAAGGUAUCUGGAUGUGCUGAGUGGGGACACGAUGGUGGAGCUGAAGGAGUACUACCGAGACAAGCUGUCAUGUAUGUGUAGAAGACUGAUAACUCCGUACAGCGGUGCUCCAGAGAGAGACUACCUGGAGUCCCUGGCAGCCAAGUACCAGGAUGAGGAGGACAAGCCCAGCCACGAUGUUUCGUCAAAGAAACACAAGCCCAAGAAAAGACGCAGUCGAACCAAGAGCACGAGUGAUGAGACAGACAAGGGCAGACCAGGUGAAGUUCCCUCUCGCGGAGACCGACACGUCUCCAUCAGCUCAGAUAUAAGUGUGGAGGAAGAACGGGAUGAGGAAGAACAGGAACAUCCCGAGGAGAAAACACCAGAAGCUACACCAGUGAAACCAACAGAUCAGCAUUGCCCCACUCCUAGUGCUACUAUCCCAGUGCCAGGGAGGGGGAAAGAAAACCCCUGGGGGUACAGCAGCCCCUCUUCUCCAAGGGGAAUCUGGGGAGCAGGUUCCCCCCCACCCCCAGAGUCACUGCCCUCACCCCAGAGCCCCCCGGGUGGGGUCAGUCUCCGGGACAUCAUGAGUCAGCAGAAAGCGAGGAUCAGCCACAGUACAGAGAAGAGGGCCCCUGGGGGGAAGGUGUCGUGGAAGGAGGUCAAGAAGCAGCAGAACAAAGCUGCGCAGGACGCUGCAGCGCAGAAACAGGCAGCAUCUGUAACAUCACCAACAUCACCAGCACCAGCCAAACAAUCUACAUGUCCAUGGGGGUCUGUGAGCAAAGUGGUGAAGUCGUUUCGAGACCUGCUGUUGGAAGACAAGGUGCCGCAGGGUGACAGUAACAACACAAUCACCAUCAAGACAACUACCAAACCUGCAUCUGCGCCAAGCAAACCUGCUUCGUCAAGAGAACACAUGAGCUGGGGACUGCCGACCCGAAAUGCACCUCGAUCGCGCCCCUCAAGCCAGUCCGAACCAGUAGCCAUGCCGGCCACGCCCACCAACCCCUGGGUGACGACCGUGGCCAACAGUCCCCCUGCAUCCAGCUUCUCGGACAUCUUACGGGAUGAGCAGGCGAGGAAGAAGACCUUGGACUAUGCCAGCAAGAAGCCACUUAAUCUAAUACAGAUCGAGGAGCAGGCCAUUCAGCAGCUGCUGGGGCACUACCAAUCAGGGGGAGACAACCAGGACGAGCACGUCACCGUGGAGCGCGUUCCCCAGGUCACUGCCGCUCCCCUCUGGUCUGUCAGUAAACAGAGAGCCAAUCAGGCCAAGUUCUGAGUCCACGAUGUGUCAUCAUGAACAAUAGGACAGCCACGCCAAUUUCUGACUGCAUAACGUAACUUCAACAAGUCAACAUCGGUAAUCAACUCGGGACUACGUCUAAAAACAGCAUGAGAUACCAGGCCAAUUUCUGACUGCAUAACGUAACUUCGACAAGGCAACAGUGUCAAGAUCAGUCAUCAACUCGGGACAACGUCUAAAACCAGCAUGAGAUACCAAACCAAUUGUGACACUAUCAAUGAAAACACAGGAAAACCAGUUCCUGCUGACACCACUCUUGCCUCUAUAAGCAUCAGUACAGGAACAGGAGGUUUAGCCAAGUAUUGGACAAGACAUCAUUAUGAGAAGGGCAGUGCAUGGACGAGAUACAAGCACCCAAUACACAUAGUUCACAGUACAGAUCAGAGAAAGUCACCAUCAAAUGGUCUGGUACAAACCAUAUUGGACAAUAUAUGCAGAGAGAUGGACAUAGAUAACAUAUGUGUCCAAAAUAACUGCCUGCCCACCUGCCCGUGGCUGCUAACUUUCCUGUUGGGCUGCAUGAAAUUUUCCUCCACCUGACAAAUGUCUGACAGAUAAUUUUAAGACUACUUACAUAUUCAGUUAUAUCAUAACUCCUCGUAAAUUCUAAAGUGCAUUUUUCAACUGAAUCAAGACAUGAUUUGUUUUCUAUUUUUCUUGAUUUUUCAAUACUUAUAAUGUGUGAAUGUGGGCAGGUUACUUUGAAGAUGGGCAGGCAACAUCUGUGGGUCACCUGCCCGGACUGUCUUGAAUUGAUUUUAGUGGUGGUAUUGACAUGCUCAUUUCAUCAUCAAGCCUCCAUCUCUGGUUGAUCACACUCUGGUGAAGGAAGAUGAAAGGGGCACCUGCUCAUA